GCCCUUCCAUCCGCCGUCGCCGUCGAUUCCGGCGAUUCCGCGCAUCAUACAUUGACCGUUAUUCCUCCCGUGCUUCUGUCUGUGAUUAUCCGUCGUCCAGUAAAACGCUGUUCCCGACUCGACAACGAGUCUCCCCUGGCUGUUUGGGACUGCACGCAUCAUGGCGCAGCAUUUUCAGUAUUCCCAGCCAGGCGGGUUACCGUCCCUCAACUUGGAUCUCCCGCCAGCAUCCCCGGAUGCGCUCUCCAUGCCCGGCCUCGGAAGGCCGGCAGAAGCAGGCAUGCCGCCCUUUGGCCAGUAUCCGUCGCAGCCGACUCACGGUUCUGGCAACGGGGAUGUUAUGACUGCUGCGCGAACCUUCCCUGGGGGCUACAGCCACCAGGGGUUCAUGCAGAAUCAGGGAUUGCAGCCGAUGAUGACUCAGUUCAUGGACGACCGUGGCGCUCCGUGGAACCCGUUAAGGAUGAACGCGGACUCGGUCUUUGGCGAGCCAGCACGAAGACAACCGGCCGGCAUAUCUUCGAGCCAGAUGUUCUCAAACUUCGGCAACGCUCGGAGUGCCCCGCCUCCCUCCGAGGCGGAUACCGUCAGUCAGAGCAUUGGAGGGAUCCUGUCCGACUCUGGGUACGGGAGCAUGGCCAGGCAAAGCGUCGGAAAUCCGUCAGUCUACGGGGGCGAGGUGGACCAGAACGCCGAGACGCAGAGCCUAAUAGCUCAAUUCCAGGAGUUGGCCCAAGAGACUGCUUCGCCACAGGAGAGCUCCCGGAAGCACCAGGGACGGGGCCAGAAGUCCUCUUUGGGGCGUGCCAGCAAUCAGAGCUUGAAAUGCCCUGAUUGCGGUGCAGUGCUCAGGACGAACUCGGAACUCAGGUAAGCUACAGCCCCGCUUCCUCCUAUUCCCGCACCAGCUAGCUGAGACAAAAGAUGGCAAGGAAACACCUGGCCCGGCACAAUAAACCUUUCAAAUGCGACAUUGACGGCUGCAGCAAGGCGACCGAGGGUUUCAGUACCAACAACGACCUGGAACGUCAUAAGCGAUGUGUCCAUAAGCUUCGUCGAGGAGACGAGACCGUCUAUCGCUGUAAUGUGGGCUCUUGCCGAGACAAACCUAAGG